AUGUCAAAAGAAAACAGGAGUCCAAACAAACGACCAGUAACUGCUGAUGAGAAUGGACGAGCAGUAUCUCCGCGGCCUCCUGGCAUUCCUGAUGAACUCAUUAACAUGGUGGGAGCCUCACCACCAAGAUUUGUGACCUUUGAACAGCUGAUGUCGGCAGCUGAUAGUAUGAAAAACAUUACCCUUGCACACGAGAUUGCUGUUAAUGAUGAAUUUGAAUUGCACAAAGAGGAACCACCACCAAACAGCUGGAAACAUAAAGUGGCAGAGACAGUUAAACGAGCCUUUUGGGAUGUCUUUGAGGAGAAGAUCAAUGAAGAUCCUCCAGACCUUAGCUUUGCAUACACCAUGUUGGAGGAGCUGCGUGAGACACUGCUGGACAUCCUGUUACCACAACACCAACGUUUGAGGGAACAGAUCGAAGAGGUCCUUGACAUGGCUCUCAUCAAGCAACAGAUGGAGAACGAGGUGUUUGACUUUGGCUACUAUGCAAAGUACGUAACCGACAUCAUGAGCAGACUGUGCGCUCCAGCCAGGGAUGAGAACAUCACAGAAAUCAGGGCCAUUAAGGAUGUGGUGCCAAAGUUUAGGGCUAUAAUGGAAACUUUAGAGCUGAUGCGCAGGGAUAUGGCCAAUUUCACAAUCAAGCAGAUCCGACCAUACAUACAACAGAACAUAGAAUAUGAGACUAAGAAAUUUGCUGAAUAUUUUGAAACUCAGAGAGCUCUGGGGGUCAAUGCUCUCCAGUACACUGAGGUCUGGCUGAAACGUAAUUAUGAAAAAUUACAGAAGAAAGCAUCCGACCCUUCAGCUGUCGCUGGGUCAUCUAGCACCAAAGCUGUGACUCCUGCAAAUGUUAUGACCGAAGCAUUUCUGGAAGUUCUAGAAUGGUCAGAUCCAAACAACUUCCCAGAGACUUUGAUGAUAGACAUGUUCCGAUUCAUGGCAAUGAGAGACAAACUACACACCCUGGGCCUCAUCACAUCUGUUCAGCUGAUUACCUACAGUGUUGUCGGGCCCUCUAUUGAAGGUGUUGAUGAUCUCAAGAAGCAGCUGAAAGAGCAUGUGGAAAUUCUGCUGCAGGAUGUGGGCCAGAAGGGAAUCAAACCCGUCCUUGAGUCAAUAGCAGACCAGGUUGUCAAGGAUGUCAACGACAGUCUAGAGAGUCGAAAGUUGCCCCCGCUGACUGAUGAAAUCAAGCAGACGCUGAAGGGACAAAUAAUGAAUCUCGGCUCCAGGGAUAACAACGUGCGCAAACUUAUGCAUUCACGCCUGAUGGGUUUUCUACAAGAUGGCAUGACAGGCAAGAGUGUUCACAAUCUACAGAUACCAAAAGGCUGUUCUGCUGUUCAGCAGGAACUGACACAGAUUCUGGGAAACUUCCUUCGCCUCAGCUCCCACAACCGAUCAGUGUUUGGCCAGCAGUACUCUGAAAUCAUAGAAAGGCAGAUGCAGCACAGUAGCAGUGGACUAUCAGAUUCCAGAGACAAUUCUGGAGAAACUACGUGA